AUGGAAAAUGCUCAGACUAUUGAAAACUUUUACGGAGUAUAUCUAUUAUAUUGUUUGAACCCCAAAUACACUGGACGCACCUACAUCGGAUAUACAGUGGAUCCGAAUCGUAGAAUACAACAACAUAAUAAAGGCAAGCAGUUCGGUGGUGCUUGGAAAACUAGCAAUAGAGGCCCAUGGACUAUGGUCAUGAUAAUUCAUGGUUUCCCAAAUGAUAUAUCAGCUUUACGAUUUGAAUGGGCCUGGCAACAUCCACAUUCCUCAAGAAGGCUCCAGCAUGUCACCAAAAAGAAGUCAAGAGAAAAAGUUUAUGAUUUUUGCCUUAGAGUUUUAUCUGAAAUGUUACAAGUGGGUCCAUGGAAUAGGCUUCCUUUAACUGUUCAAUGGUUGAAUGAUGAGUUUGCUAGAGAGUUUCCAAUAGGAAAAGGUCCUCCGAUGCACAUACCCAUUUGCUAUGGAGCUGUGAUAAGCAAAAAAAUCCAAAAAAAUAAAUUGCAGCCAGAAGACGAUGUUGAAUCUUCUAGUAGCCCAAAUAAAGACUUAUGUUAUGUCUGCUUUAAAUUAAUCACAGAAAACUCGAGGCGAGUAACUUGUCUCAAUUCAAAUUGUAACAUUUUAUGCCAUGUAAUUUGUAUGUCCAAACAUUUUUUAUGUUUGGGUGAAUAUAUUCCAGUUGAAGGAAGGUAUUUGGGAGAUAUGUCGCUUUUAAAAAGAAAAUUAGUUUUAGUUUUUAUUGUUGUUGUUUUAUUAUUGAAUUGUGAUGCCAAGAAAAAGAAAUUGAAAAAAAGUGCCAAAGGAAUGGUUUUGAGGCAGAAGGAAACCAAUCCAAUAAAUUUUAUAAGACUUGCCGUUAUGAGAUUAAUUUAUGGUAUAGCCACAAGAGUUGGCCUAGGAGAACCAAUUUCUGAAGCCCUCAAUGGAGCUUUUGUACCUCCUGGUGUAGACGACUAUGAUGACUAUGGGGAUGAUGGUAUAUUUUCUAGAGAUGAUGAUGAUGAUGAUAACGACGAUUAUGAUUAUUAG